AACUAUGUUAAUGAUAUAGAUAAUGAGAAUUGACAUUAAAUAUAUGUAAACUGACAUCGCGAGCAAAACUGGGAGCUUUUUACUGACAAAUCAGUGGCUAUAACUUUUCACUCAUUUGAAAAUUGUGCGUGGGAGUUUUGGCGCCGAAGUUAACGUGACAUUUUUAUAUUAAACGGUGAAUCGAUAAAUUACAAAGACGUAUUUCGCGUAAGAGAUGACGAAAAAAAAGUUUAAUUUGAAAUUGCCGGCGUGAGAGGCGCGUGCGCAGAAUCAGUCUACAGUGUAGCGUAGGCGAUCUUUAUCAACUAGUCUUCAUAAUACAAGCGAUGCCGUCGAAAAUUAUAAAAAAGAACAGCAAAGGAAAAAAGUUAUACCGCGAGGGUAGCGUGCGAUGGCGAGGCGGCAUGAGCGAGGUGGCCGAGGACUCGGACGAUGGCGACCCGGCCUACAUUUCCAGUGACGAAUCCGCGCACGGAGUCGACCCCGCCGAGACCUUCCGUGUUAAACCAUCCAGAGAUAUAUGGGAAUUGGAGGACAUACUGGACGUUUUACGUCAACUGCCACAUACUGAGGAGUUGCUGACAAUAUUGGAGUCGGGGCACUAUGAUGACGUAAUCAACUUUAUAAUGGAAACAAAUCCAAAAUUCAGUAUGAAGACUUCGAUGCUUUGGGCAUGCUGGCUUGGUAGAAGCUCGCUGCUGACAAGGCUACUAAAGCUUGGAGCAGAUCCUAACAGCGCAGAUGGCUCUGGAAGAACAUGUUUACAUCUGAGCUGUUUGGUGGCCAACGAGGAAUGUGUCAAAUUAUUACUGGACCACGGAGCGGAUCCGAAUAAAUGGGAUUCCCUAAGUGAAAAGAAGGCGACACCGUUGCACUGUGCUGCAAGCGCUAAAUGUUUGAAAUGUGUCAAAGUGUUAAUAAAUCACGGUGCGGAUGUGAAUGCGGGCCUGAGCGAUCGUUCUCCGUUGCAUUACGCGGUGCUGAGCGACGCGCCUGAGGUUGUUGGUGCAUUGCUGGAAGCGGGCGCCUGUCCUGACACACCCCAGGUGUUCACGGAGACUCCCCUGCAUGUAGCGGCGUCUUUAGGUUCGGAUUCGUGUAUGAAGCUACUUUUAGACGCGGGCGCUGACGUGAGGGCGGCGCUGGGGCCCGGCAGGACGACGGCCCUACACCUGGCGGCCGUGGACGGACAUGCGGAAUGUGCGAGGCUGUUGCUAGACCAUGGAGCAUAUAUAGACUGUCCCAAUUCCAGAGGACAGACGUCGUUGCACCUCGCUACUCUAGCGCAAUCCAUAGAGGUGGUGGAACUGCUGGUUGGCAGACGAGCAGAUGUGAAGGCGAGGGACAUAGAUGGUCGUACACCGUUACACGGGUCAAUUGUGCGAGGUGCGCGUGCUUGUGACGUGGCUCGGCUACUUCUCUCCGUGGGGGCGGAUCCCAACGCACCGGAUAAUUUUGGAUACACCCCCCUACAUAUUGCCGCGUUGAACGAGUUCUCUGCGUGCGUUUUGUUAUUAUUAGAUUACGGUGGAGACGUGACUCUACGUACAAAUGGGGGAGUGUCAGCGCUAUCAUUCAUAGUACGGAGGGUACCAGACGUGGUGCCUAGAUACCUGAGGAAGUUUGAUGACGCGGUACACGUCAGCGAGCAUGAGCUGGGCGAUGUUGACUGCGAAUUUACUAUUGACUUCAGGCCAUUAGUGCCGUGUUUAUCGCGAGGGGAAGCUGAACUACUACUGGCUUUCAUAGAGGUCGGUCAUAAAGACGUUCUCAAACACCCGGUCGCGGAGACAUUUCUGUUUUUAAAAUGGCGACGAAUAAGAAAAUUCUUCGUAUUGAGUUUUGUGUACCACGCGCUGUUUAUAACACUCUACAGCAUCUACAUAUUACAAAUAUUUCUCUGUGAAGACGUGACGUGUGCCGUGCCAUCAUAUCUACGCCCUGUGCAAUACCUGAUCCUACUUCUAAAUCUAUGCUUCAUGUGCAAAGAGCUGUUCCAAGCUUGUCUUGAUUAUUCCGCGUAUAUUCGACAAUGGGAGAAUUGGUUGCAAAUAUUAAUUAUCAUAGGAGUAUUCCUGUGUACGGUGCCGACUUGGUACAUGGAAGAUGGGGUGGCAAAGAGCACAUCUAAUUGGCAACACGAUGUCGCUGCUAUAACUAUAUUCUUCUGUUGGCUGGAGCUGAUGAUGAUCAUAGGACGUUUCCCUACAUUCGGAUUAUAUGUGCAAAUGUUUACUACAGUAACGGUGAAUUUCGCAACAUUUCUCCUUGCAUACAGUUGCCUGUUAAUAGCAUUCGGUCUGGCGUUCAGCGUGCUCUUUAGUAACUACCCUGCGUUCCAUCUACCGGCUGGUCUGGUGAAGACCGUUAUGAUGAUGUCAGGAGAACUGGAGUAUGAGGAUAUAUUCUACAGCAACGGCACGGAUUCGCAGAUACAUUAUCCGUUCACUGCGCAUGGAAUGUUCUUGAUAUUUGUUGUACUAGUCACUGUUAUAUUGACCAACUUACUUGUUGGUUUGGCUGUUAGUGAUAUACAGGCAUUACAAGAAAGCGCCGGCCUGGAUAGAUUAGUGCGUCAAACUCAAUUAGUGGCACAUCUGGAGAGUAUGCUGUUCAGUCCAUUGCUGACGUGUGCGCCUAGACAACUAUUGGCUGUGUUGCGAUGGGGGGCGUUGUUGACUGCAACCCAUAUACGAACAUUGAACAUACGACCCAAUGACCCGAGGGAAAACAGGAUACCAAAGGAACUAAUAUCAUCCAUUUACAAAAUGGUAGCCAGUCGACACAGUACAAAAAAGAGUAUAAGAAGAAAUAAUAACUACGAAUGUCGCAUACGGAGAUGUAAAGAAGACGAUGACGUAGAAAGACAAGUGGUAAAGAGAAAAAGCAAUCUGUACGAUCAGUUUUCAUUAGAGAACCAACAAGUUGAGCGAAGGAAGAAGACUUCAUCGUCCGUGGAAAGGAACAGACCAAUGUCUUUCACAAUUAAUGCAAUACAAGAAAUAUGUAUGGUAGAUAUUAAGACGCAAUUAGCAGAUUUGACAAAGAAAAUUAAUAAGUUAGUGGAAAGUACAGAAUCACGUCUAGCGAUCAUAGAAAAUAAACUAGAUAACAGAUAAAGUUUAAAAAAAAUAAAUUUCAGAAACAACAGGAAAUUAUUCUUAUUUA